UUUAGAAGACUGGCAUGGUUGAUUCGUAGUACGGUUGCAACACUUUAUGAAUUGUUUACUGUUAGGUAAUAUAAAUUGGGCGUACACAGAUGUAUGUGUAUACGUGCAUAUUUUCGUUAUUAAGUUUCUGUAGGUUGCACUGUUGUGAGGAUAAUGGUGGCAAUGCGGUUUUUACUAGGGGUGUCAUUGACCAUAAUGGAAGCCGAAUCUCAGGAAUUUGUAUGAUUUAAGUGUAUAUGCAGUAAAUGAUUUAGCCUCCAAUUAAAUUUUAUCAGGUGUCCGCAUACAGUUUGAAGAAAGGCUCAAGUAGAUUCUCAAGGAGGAAAUAUGCCAGAGAGAAACUUCCGAAAAUCUCCAGCUCGAGUAGCAGCAGCGGCUGCUGCAGCUCAGAAUUCAGUCUCUCCCAGACAGAGGUCUCCAGCUCGUCGUGCUGAUAAAUCUUCAUCACGUCGGUCUGAAAAAUCUCCAUCCCGGUCUGAAAAGUCUCCAUCCCGUCGAUCUGAAAAGUCUCCAUCCCGUCGGUCUGGGAGGUCACCAUCACGUACUGAAAAAUCUCCAAGUCGGACCUCUCGAAAACAGUCACCAUCAAGGAAAUCAUCAAGGCAGAGAAAGUCACCUGCUCGCAGGCAAAAGUCUCCUGCAAGAAUCGUACCAGAAACUGUAAUUCCGUCUGAGGAAGAAAUAAUUCAGCAAUCACCAGUGAGUGUUUACAAUCACAACACUGGAGAUGGCAUUGAUCUUUCAAGCAGUACAAGACAAUCAAGAGAGCCCUCUACAUCGUGUGUUGUUCUUUUAAGGAGAUCUAGAAGAAUCAUCACUCAUGAGGAGUUGGAGAACAGAUUAGAAGAAAAAAAGGGAAUUGAGCAAUUGAAAGUAUCUAGUGAGACAGAAGUGGAAUGUCCUGAGAAGCCCUCAUCAAAAUCAGAAUGUCAAGAAGUUAAGGAGUUUGGUGGCAUAUUUGGAGUUUUGCUGUUGCAAAUUAUUUCACCACUGUCACUUCUGGCAGCUCAUCUGUAUUCUUCUAAGGCACAGUAUGGAGUGAAAAAUUUCACAAUCCCACUUGACUGGAAAGCAUAUUUUGACUUGGAAGUAGCUGCAUUGUGUCUUGGAUUUAUAGCACUACAGUUCAUGCUGUCCAUUAUACCAGUGGGAAAACUUGUUGAUGGGUUGCCAAAUAAAUUAGGCAGGCUUCAGUAUCGAUGCAAUGGAUUACUGAGUGCCAUUAUCACAGUGACAAUACUUGGAGUUCUGAGAUAUUUUGAAUUUCCUGUAACAAUUAUUGCAGACAAGUAUGUUCAGUUCUUGGUCACUGCGUUGGUAUGUGCAUAUCUCUUUGCUGUACUGUUAUAUAUCCGAGGUGGACGAGCCCAUUUAGUGGCUCAGAAUCCAUUUGCAAUGACAGGAAGUGUUUUAUAUGACUUCUGGAUGGGCAGAGAGGUGAAUCCUCGGAUUGGGCCGUUUGAUGUGAAAAUUUGUCUGAUAAGGACUGGUAUAAUCGGAAUGAUUGUGGUGAAUGCUGCAUUGGUACUUAAAAGCAUAGAGCAGAGCAAUGGAUAUUCAUCUACUCUGCUGUUAGCUGCUGGAUUUCAAAUCUGGUAUGCUCUAGAUUUUCUGUGGUUUGAGGAUGGAUUUCCAACUAGCUUUGAUGUUAUGUACGAGGGUACAGGAUACAUGCUGACACUGGCAUAUGACAUAUAUCCAUUCAUACCAACCACAAUCACAAGAUUUUUGCUUGUCUACAGGGUGGAAGUGCCGUUGUACUGCUUGGCAGUUAUUGCUGUUGUCAAUACCAUCGGCUAUGUGAUUUACCGAGGUAGCAAUUCACAAAAGAGUGAAUUCAGAAAAAAUCCACUGAAUCCUGCUUUGGCUCAUUUGGAAACAAUACCAACAUAUCGUGGAAAAAAGAUUCUUGUUUCUGGAUGGUGGGGCUGGGUUCGACAUCCGAAUUACCUUGGAGAUAUAAUCAUGAAUUGGUCAUGGGCUAGUACUUGUGGUCUUGUUCAUCCUUUGCCCUACGUGAUGGUGCCCUUGUUCACAACAUUGCUGUUGCUUCACAGAGCUAAGAGGAAUGAUUGGCGAUGUAAACAGCGUUACAAUGCGGCGUGGGAUCGUUACUGCAACCGUGUUAAGUAUCAUGUCAUACCAAAAGUCUUUUAACCACUGUGAAGCACAUUUUGAUAUGCUCAAAGCCAUGACAGGUCAAAUGUUCUCUGGUUAGGACUUGAUCUCAGGAGGAGGAUAAUUGUAGUUUCUCUCUCCUUUGUGUUACAGGAUGUUAAAUCAUUCAUGAUAGCUGGCAAAUAAUAGGAUGAUCUAAUAGAUUUUAAGAUGAAUUUUAAUUAUAGUAUUUUUUUAUAAUUUACAUAAUAAGAGAUAUUUUAUGUAAUGUCAGUUACAGAAAAUUAAGAAUAGUGUGCAAUGUCCUGACCAGGUGUUGGCCCACCAUAGUGUGUGGGCUUCAUUGUAGCUCUUUUUUAAAACUUACACAAUUAUUGUGCUUGUAAAAGAAAUGUAUUAAAUCCAGUAGAGUGUGAAAAAUAUUUUUAGUGAUGAUUUGUGUUGAGCUUUUAUGUAAAGUAAGACCGUCCGGAUUGUUGCCUUACAGAGAUAUUUAAAUUUUAUAAUGAUUCACAAUAUAAUUUUAAUUCUUAUAUGCUGGCUCUGCAUGUGAUGGUAUCUUCAAGAACUGUUUACUUCUGGAUCAACAGACAUUAUUCUUGGCAUGUGCCAUACCAUUUUGAUAUAAUAAAUCAUUAUUAUUGAUUUGUACAUAGAUUACCUCACAAAUUAUAGAUAUUUCAUUUUCACAUACAUUAUUAAUAGUUUUAAUUUCACCAGACAUAUCAACUUUAGCAC